GGAUGACAUGGGCCUAAAUGAAGAUGAUGUUCUGGGAGAAGAGCCAGAGGACCUCACGAAAGAGGAUGCCAUCACUGAGGAUAAUGACAAGAAACCCAUAGUGUCUGAGGAGACGGCUGAAAAGAAAGUGGUAAAAAUCACACCCCCAGCGUCUGUGGAUGAGAGGGUACAGAAAAGAGCAGAACGCUUCAAUGUCCCUGCGUCAGCUGAUGGCAAGAAGGCCAUACGUGCUGCCCGGUUUGGUUUGCCCGCUGCUGCACCCCCAACUUCCACCCCAGGUGUUACUGUGAAUAAGUCCACUGUGAGUAAUCCAAAUAUGUGA